AUGGAAGACCUUGACAACCCAACAUUAGAAACAACAAAACUCAAUUAUCUUAAUCUGCUUCAAGAAAUUGAUAAACUUGAAAGUUUAUCAACUAAUUUGAAUAGUAUGAAUAUCGAUGAAAUAGACACAAUUUUCAAUAAUGUGACUGAGAAUAUCUAUCGAAUAUUCGGUCAAAUGGAUUUUCAAAAAAGUUCAAUGUUUCUCAUUACAAUAUUAAAUACAAUUAUGCGUAUCUCUGCUAUCGAUGGAUCUGAUUUAUUUAUAUCACGACAACCAUUUCAAACAAUGUUUGGAACAUUGAGUUAUUUAAUAUAG